CUACGAUCACGAACUCUGCUAUCAAAGUUAAAGGGAGCUUUGUCUGAACUUAACAAUAACCAGCGUACAUCUUAGGACUUCGUUGCUUACGAAGGCCUACAGGUACGCACGUAGUUCUCUGUUUGGGAAAGCAACCAUUGAUAAAAUUACGAUGCUAGCUUGGUAACCGAGCCAAAUUCCGUCGACCAACGGGACACAGCUCAGCUAAUUGUAAACUUGAUGGUGUUACUUUUAACUGUGGAGUAAAGUGCAAGGUACAGUGGUAUUCAGCCUCUUCCUCUCAGUUUUACUAUCUGUGAGAGAGGAGGUAUAUGGUCAUAAAUACAUGUGGGCCAGUCAAUAUGUAAGAAGUAGAACCGGACGAUUGUUACUAGAGAGACUUGCUUUUGAUGACAACCAGGAACAAGAAAUAGGCAAAGCGACAUGGUACAGGUGUGAAAAAUCAGAGCUAUCAGAUGAGUUACAGUCAAAGUUUGUUGAGAGCACACUGGAUGAAGAGACUGAAGCUUUCCUGAAUAACUGUCAUCAAAAAGCUGAUGCAGUGUUUUCACAGAUUGGACACCUUUUAUUUAAAGGAUUCUUUGGUUUCUUCAUGUCUGCAACUACGGCCAAUGGCAUUUUGGACCGUGGAUCAAUGUUUGUGUUUUCCAAUGCCCAGUUUCAAACAAUAAUGAGUGUGGAUGAGUCAUGGAAGACUGGCACGCUGUUGGACUUGGGAGCUGGUGAUGGCAAAGUAACCAGUGUUAUUAAACAUCACUUUGAUGAAGUCUAUGUUACAGAACAGUCUCCAUCAAUGAGGUGGCGGUUGAGUGGCAGAGGAUUUAAAUUGCUGGAUGAAAGUGAGUGGAUGAAUGUUGACUUCAAAUUUGAUGUGAUCUCCUGUCUGAACCUGCUGGAUAGAUGUGAUAAGCCUCUGACACUGCUCAGAGACAUUAAACAAACUCUAUGUCCAGUAACUGGUCGACUGAUUGUAGCAGUGGUUCUGCCAUUUAAACCUUGUGUAGAAUCAGGUGCAAAGAUGGUUCAGCCUAGUGAGCUUAUAACUGUUAAUAGCAGUUCUUGGGAGGAGCAGGUCCACAGUCUUGUUAAAGAUGUUUUUGAGCCAUGUGGAUUCACUGUUGAGUUAUUUACCAGGGUUCCAUAUUUAUGUGAGGGUGACUUGUAUCGGGACUUUUAUGUUCUGGAUGAUGCUCUGUUUGUGCUCAAGACAACUGAAUGAGUCAAGGAAACCUCUUGUUUAUUGAAGAAAAGCAAGUGAAAUGAUUUAUAUACACAGACACUGCUAAUGGUUUAGAUGUCCUGGUUGGUGGUUUAUAAACAAUGAUUCAACAAUGAAAAGAUCUACAUUCAAGAACUGUCUUCAUCCACAAAACACUUUAGCUAGCUACAGCAUAUGGAGAGGUUUUAAAUAGUAAUCUGGUUGCUUUCUUUUCAGACUUGUAGCUUAACAUAUUAUCAGCAAUGAAAAUGACAUGAAGCAGAACAGAUGGGGAUUCUAUAUUGUAUUAAGGAUAUAUUGUAUUUUUCUGAACACAGUUUUUGAUACCUGUGUUUCAUUCACCUUUUUCUCUAAAACCCUUGAUCUCUCGGUCGCCAAAAAU